AUGGAUCCCUUCUCCCUCGCCGCAAGCAUCAUCACCGUCAUUGGCGCUACCAAAACCGGCAUCAACGGCAUCAAAGUGCUACGAGGUGCUUCCGACGGGCUGGAGGAUCUGCUGGCCGACAUCUCGCAGUUCGAAGCCGUGUUGGAAGCGAUUCAAAACCUACCUGGUGCUCGCGAUAAUGCUGACUCCGAGCUGAAAAGGCUGCUUGAAAGUGGUAGCAAAAAAGUGGUCGAACUGAACUCUCUGGUCCAGUAUCGGCUGACGAAAGCUGGGGAAAGCAGCAAAGUCGACAGAUUGCAAUGGAUACGCAGUGGGCAUGACGUUGAACGGCUACGUGGGCAAUUGAGAGAUAUCAUAGCUAAUCUAGUGGCCUUGGUCGGCGUCAAUACCUGUACAACCGUACAACACGUAUCCCAAGUCACCAGUCAAGUACUCUUUGAGCAUCGACAACUAAGCAGCCAGAUGGUCGCUUUAGCUACACAAGUGACGCAGCUACUGGAAGGAUCUCCGUCCACUCGAGCCGCUCUGGCUGCAUCGAUGGGCGAUGUUCGACAUCUGGCCAUCGAAUCAAGUCCUCGACCAAAAGUUCCGGUUACCGAGAAGACUACAACACUUGACCUAAGCCAGCCCAAGUCCCAUCUCGAUCCUCAAAACGAUCUCUACAUCCGACGAGUUCGGACUAUCAGCUUGUGUAACAAAUAUUGCGUCUGCAAGUGUCAUCUUCGAAGACAACUCGGCCCCUCAGGCAUCUUCUCCAAACUCAUCGGCAGUGGCUAUAUCGAGACAGCUGGUCCUUCCAUAUUUGGGACUCAGUGCGAUAUCGAGCUAUGCAGGGCUCGCGCUGCACCGCGCGUAUCUGUACAGUAUCGUUUACCGCAAUGGUUGAUAAGUCGUAUGAUCUUCAUGUGGUUCACAUCAUCUCCGCCUUACGCUCCAGAGUUUGUGCUUAGAGUUCCACGGGUCAUAGAUUUUUGGAGCACCAACGCUUUCCAGGCAGUGGGAACGGGAGAUCUUGGUUUGCUGAAAUCAGCUAUCACUAACGGAGAUUGUACGCCGUAUGAUAUUGAUACAUCUGGGAGAACUCUUCUUGCUUGUGCCGCUGAUGAUCGCAAAUGGAAGAUAGUAGAGUACCUUUUAGCUUACGGCGAUUCCUCCAAUCGAUCAUCUAUCACACCUCUAGCAGAAAGUAUGAUAUGGGAAAAACUCGUCCUCGACCCACUUUCUUUUGGAAAUGGUUUGAGGCUUACAUACAUCUGGCCAAGACCAUUCCGAGUUGACAUACUCAUGUUCCCUAUGAUUGAAUGGGAAUCCUGUAUAGAGGGUCAAGGCUUCACAGUACUACACCAAAUGGUGUGUGGACUAAGCCGUCGUUCGUUAGAUGUCGAGCUGCAAAGCUCGAACAUCAACGAACUAGAUAAAGAUAACCGAAGCGCUUUGUGGUAUUCGGUCGCUCAUGGGAAAAGGGAAUACGUCCACUUAUUACUAGAGCGAGGAGCUGAUCCGAAUGUCGGCGAUCUGCCUAUCCUGAUCGCUAGCGGCGUACGCUCAGACUAUGAAAUUACAAAAGCUCUUCUGGAUGCCGGUGCGACUCUUAAUUUCUCUAACGACAAAGAAUUCUGGAAAUUGUGGCCGCGAUGGCCAGUAUGCUGGGAGAAACGUGAAGAUGAAGAUGAUACUAUAGCAAUUGAUAAUCUACUCGUCAGACAUGGCAUUGAUAUCAACCACCAUGCGGAGUGGCGUGGCGUCGAGGAUGUGACUAUACUCAUGCUCCUAUGCGAUUUUAGCCCUCGAUUCAUUUCACCACUUCGCAUACAGCAGAUGAUCGAUUUGGGGGCCGACCUCGAAAUGGUGGAUGAGAACGGGGAAUCUGCCAUAAUGUAUGCUCUCCAUGACAUGAGUCCCAAGUCCUUCGAAGUGCUUGCCCGCGCUGGCGCCCGCCUUGAUGUCCGAAAUGUAGCAGGAAACAGUAUUUUACAUCUUGUCAUCAAGUGUACUUAUAGUAUCAGCUUUUUUUACGAGCUUUAUCAGGUUUUGCGCAAUGCAGAUCUCACCAAGCUAGAUCUGCAUGCAAGGAACGCAGAUGGGCAUACAGCUUUUGACCUUCUGAAGAUGAGGAAUGGGCUCAAAUGGGAUGGGUAUUGCGAAAGCAAGGGGAUACCGGAUUGGAGAAGGCCACGCAAUGAUUCUGACGAGAUGGAUUUCAUCCGUGCUUCGGAGGUUUUAUUCCAUGAUAUUCAAGAUCUUCAAGACGUUCCAGAAGAAGAUCGGUACCCGCCCCUCGGCGAACAUCUCAGCGGCGAUGAUGAAGAAGAGGUAGUCCCAGGAGCGUGGCCUGUGUGA